AUGGUGUGGUCAAAGCUCAUAGCCGUCGAGCUUUUAAUUUCGUGGAUAGCAUUUGUGAUGCAAAAGAAAAAAAGUCAUCUUUCGGCCAUCGAAAGCAUGAGCAGCCUCCAUAUCGACCCGGCGUGGCCUGCUUUCAGAGGUCAGUCUCUCACUUUUUUUAAUGCUCUGAAGGACAUUGAAGACUGGAAAUGGAAAGUGGAGAUGCAAAAUACAAACAUAUGUGCUUUGCUUAUUGCGAGUAGCGUUACUAUGGAGGAUCGGUGGAGAUCGUACGUCGCUGCCGGAGAACCGGCGUGGUUAUCGGAUUUGGUAUAG